AAUAGACCUCUUGCAAUUACAACAACCAAAAUACUUCAAAUUCUUAGAUUUCGGUGCACACUCUUUUGUUAAUUCUCCUCUCCCCAUGGUUCCAGCGUGUCCGCACAUGUUAGAGAUCUAACCCCCAAGAUUUUUUCUAUCAAAAGACCGAGAAACUCAAACACAGACUAAACUCAAUCAAACCCCUCUCCUCACUCUCCUCACUCUCCCAUCUAUAUACACACACAACACACCCAAUUAUACACACACAGCCAUGGACACUCUCUCAUUACUGUUGACCACCGCUUUAAUCGGCGGCGGGUUCUACUGGUUCAUCUGCAUCCUGGGGUCAGCCGAACGAAAGGGCAAGGCGGCCGUGAAUCUCUCCGGAGGCUCCAUCGACGACGACAAAGUCCAGGACAAUUACAACAACUACUGGUCUUUCUUCAAGACCCCCAAGCAGAUUGAGAAGACUGAGAAGGUCCCAGCGUUUGUCGACACUUUUUAUAAUCUGGUGACCGAUAUUUACGAGUGGGGGUGGGGCCAGAGCUUUCAUUUCUCGCCGGCUCUUCCGGGGAAGUCGCAUCUCGAGGCGACCCAGAUCCAUGAAGAGAUGGCUGUAGAUCUGCUGAAUGUGAAGCCCGGGGAUAAGAUUCUUGAUGCUGGUUGUGGUGUGGGGGGGCCUAUGAGGGCUAUUGCGGCGCAUUCGGGUGCCAGUGUGGUGGGGAUUACGAUUAAUGAGUAUCAGGUGAAUAGAGCUACUUUGCAUAAUAAAAAGGCUGGUUUGGAUAAGUUGUGUGAGGUUGUGUGUGGGAAUUUUCUUGAAAUGCCAUUUGGGGAUAAUACUUUUGAUGGGGCGUAUUCGAUUGAGGCCACUUGUCAUGCUCCUAAGUUGGAGGAUGUUUAUGCGGAGAUUUUCCGGGUUUUGAAGCCGGGUGGGAUGUAUGUUUCAUAUGAGUGGGUGACCACGGAGUUUUAUGAUGGGGAGAACGCGGAGCAUGUGGAGAUCAUACAAGGGAUUGAGAGGGGAGACGCGUUGCCCGGGUUGAGGCAUUACACUGAUAUAGCUGAGGUUGCCAAGAAAGUUGGGUUUGAGGUUGUCAAGGAGAAGGAUUUGGCCAGGCCACCUGCUCAGCCGUGGUGGACCAGGCUCAAAAUGGGGAGGAUUGCCUAUUGGAGGAACCAUAUUCUUGUUAUGAUUUUGUCGUUUUUGGGGAUUGCUCCCAAAGGGACGGUGGAUGUUCAUGAGAUGUUGUUUGUCACUGCCGAUUACUUGACUAAGGGCGGUGAGGCCAAGAUUUUUACUCCUAUGCAUAUGAUUCUCUGCAGAAAACCCGAAUAAGACUGCAUUGCUUGGGUUGAGACAUUAUACUGAUAUGGAGGUUUUUCUCAAGCUGUUUCUUUUUUCUUUGUUUUGUUAAAUUAGACCUUUAAUUCUUGGUUGUGUUCUUUUAGAGUGAUUUUCUUCUUGUUGUCAAGGUUAAAAGCUUGAGGUUGCAUCUUUAAUUGUAGCUUAUAUUAGAGUAUUUUACCAUAUCCUGCUACAAGAAUACUCUUAAUGUAACUUAAGGUGAUUAAUGUUAUUCAGAAUUUGGGGAUUUUGAUUGUUAAA